UGGGAAGAAUUUUCAAUGAUUCUGGGGGGAAUACGUGUUGCGUUGUUUCCCGACUCUAUAAAAACGGUGAAUCCGAACUCAAGUUCCACAGAUCAUUUCAAACCGCGCGAAGACAGGGAUCUUGUCUACCCUCAGCCUGUUGUAUAUUAUAAGACAGAAAGGAUGGACCUGUUGACGGUAGCCAUGCUAUCGGUGGCAUGCUUCGUGUUGUACCGGAUAAUCAGCUUUACAGUCAAGCUGUUGAAAGUUGUAUUACUCUGCGAAUAUCCGCCUAAUGCCGAUGAACUGCCGAGUCUGCCUUUCGUAGGCCAUGCAUACCUCUUAGUCGGUGGCACUGAAGUUAUCUUGAAGAGGAUACUUGAACUGGGAAAAAUUUAUCCUACGUCGUUUCGAUUUCUGUUUGGUAACAAUUCGGUGUACAUCACAACUUCUCCUCAGCAUAUAAAGGAGAUACUCCUCAGUCCGAAGACCAUUGAGAAAAACUACUUCUACGAAUUCGGGCGACCUUGGAUGGGGGACGGAUUAAUCACCGCUCCUGCCUCAAUAUGGGAAGUGCACCGGAAGCUGCUGCAGCCGUCCUUCAAUCCCGUGGCCCUCAAGUCUUACGUCAAAACAUUUGCCACUCAAUCAGUGAUAAUGACCAAGAGGAUGGACCAGCAAUUGGACGGACCAGAAUUUGAAAUAUACAAAUACAUUUUUCUGAAUUCAUUGGACACAAUUUGCGCGACGGCUAUGGGCAUAAAUUUGGAAGCACAGGUGAACGAAGAAUGUCAGUAUGACGAAGCGAUACGGAAGGUGAUGGCUGGUUUCACCGAACGAGCCGUUAGCCCUUGGCUGUACCCAGACUUUGUUUUUUACCGUACGCCACUUGGCAAGGACCUGAUGAAACAGGUCGAUUAUUUGCACGAGUUGACGGACAGCGUGAUACGACAGAAGAAGGCAGAAAUCGUCCGGCAUGGUGAUCAACGAGUAUCAGCCGAUGAAGAACGAGAUGCAGAUGAUGAUUCCACAGCUGGACCUCAGAUACUGAUAGAAAAUCUCUUCAGACUGUCCGACGACAACAAAACGCUGACGGAUAAAGAGGUCCGGGAUCAUGUUGAUACUAUGAUCGUAGCUGGCAGCGAUACAACGGCCAUCACGAUGAACUACGUGUUGUUGAUGCUGGCAUCACAUCAAGAUAUUCAGGAAAAAGUGUACCAGGAACUGUGCGACAUCUUCGGAGAACAUGUAUUAAACGACGACAGUGAAGAGUUGCACAUCACGAUGGACGUCUUGGCCAGAAUGGCGUACAUGGAGAGAGUGAUCAAAGAAACUAUGCGCCUGUUUGUCGUUGGACCCGUGACCUUCCGGAAGACGACGGAGAAUCUGGAUUUAGGUGGGCAUACUGUGCCAAGAGGAAGCUCGGUCAUGGUCAACGUUAUGGGAGUUCACAGAAGUGAGAAGUACUGGCCCGACGCUCUUAAAUUUGAUCCAGACAGAUUCUUACCUGAACGGUUUGCAAAACAAGAACCGUACUCCUACUUGCCGUUCAGUGGUGGUCGAAGAAAUUGUCUCGGAGCGAAGUACGCUAUGAUGUUCAUGAAGACAAUGACCGCAACGGUUCUCCGAAAAUAUGUUUUAACCAAGGAUAAAGUGGUACCAGUCGAAGAUGUGCGGCUGAAACUUGACUUUUUACUGAAAUCUGUCCAUCCUGACACAGUACGGAUUAAGAGACGAGCAAAACAGCAUGCUUCUUAGGAAGGGAACAUUGCCGGCGAAUAUAAUACUUUUCACAAAAGGAAAGUGAUUUUACUUCGCGCUGAUGCGAUUAAAUAAAAAUUCCGCACUCGACAAUCCUACCAACGUUGAAAUUGUAUGAUUUCACUCCCAAUCAACGGGGCUUUCUAAACUUAUAAGUCAUCAAAUUCUGGAUAUGAUCAGUCGUGUGGUUGUUGUUUUCUUGUUCUUGUUUUUAAUAUUUUGUGAGAAAUGUUCUGUUUUUCUAAGAAUUUCUCUGAACAACCGCAUAUUUUUCGAAUAUUUAAUACUCAGCAGCACGCAUACAUUCAAGCAAAUACUGUACAAGCUAUGAUACUUGUGGCUGCAGGGUCCAAACUUUCAUUUCAUUGCGAUAUUGCUGAAUAAAAAUUGAUCAAUUGAAAGUGCAAUGUUGAGUAAUUUAAAGAACAAAUGAAAAAAAAAAAGAAAAAAGAAUGGCUCUCGAAAUUUAUUGAUUUCCAGUGAAUAAAUUUGUUGUUAAAAUAUUAAUAACUGAUUUAAAUUCAUUCAUUAUAAAUAAUAAUUCAUAUAAAUUGUACGGCCGCAACUGCUGGCAUAAUUUCAUAAGGCUAAAUUACUGUCAUUGUAAAAAUUAAAUGCUGAAAAAAAUAUUUUUCAUUAUCCGACCGGAGCAUGAUUAUUAAUAUUUCUUAUCACGAUAAUGUCUCUAUCUUCGGAAAUAUCGACUUUUUCAUUGUUUUUCGUGUCCAACACUUUCCAAACAGUUUCCCAACCUGUUUCCAAACACGAUGUUUUUCAACUAUCAAAACAGAAUAUUAAUCGAUCUUGUUCCACGUUUACGGAAUUAUUUACAAUCCACUGUUCAAAUAAUCAGCGCCCUCGUAAAAAUAUGUGAAAUUCAUUUUCACGAACAGGCAAUCUGUAUAUCAUGUAUGCAGAUCUGUUUAUGCGCUUAGAAGUAGUUCAGUAAUUAUCUUUCUGCCAGAACGAAGUAAAUUAAAAUGCCAAACAGUCAUUCCAUGGAU